AUGGAUCAAGUUGUUUUGGUUUGUGGUCACUGGGUUUUAAAGAAAACGAGGUGGGUCUUCAUCGUAGAUCAGUCCAGGAGAUGUAGUUUUAUAGGGAUAGACCGCAAAACGUCCUUUGCCAAUUUGGUUGAAAUCGCAUAUGAAGAUUUCGGGUUGGAUCAACAUCUUUAUGAGCUUCAGUUCAGCUAUAUGUUGUCGUCUGAAGUCCGGCGGAAAUUACCUCUGGAUACACCUCCUGUGUUUGUUGGUAAUUCAAGACAGCUGCAGAGUUUUUUGCAUCAAUUCCAGAACGAAAACGAAACGGUUCGUUUAUGUGUUGAGAUCAAAGAAAAAGUUCAGAAGGGAGUUGUUGAUGAAGACGAAGAUCGAGAUGCAUGUCCUAAUCUAGUCCCUGAAGAACAAGUGCGCCAAGAUCGUCCGCAACAAGGUGUUGAAGUUGGACAAGACGAAGAAAUGCAUGAUGAAGAAGAGGAUUUGUCAACCAGAUUUGAUGGAUGCGAAGAUCCUGAUGGUGCAAGUUCCGAUGACGAAGAGUACGGUAGACGUGAGAAACGUCCAGAUGACUUAGCCGUUGGCCAGCGUUAUGAAACAAAAGAGGACUUCGAGAUGCGACUCAAAAUUCUUUCCAUUGCUCACAAAUUCGACUACAAUGUCGAUCAUUCGAGUAAGAAAUUGCUAACUGUUAAGUGUUGGGUAGAUGGUUGCAAAUGGAGGGUUCGCGCUUCAAUUGUUGGGAGCAGCAAAUGUUUUUGGGUUAAAACUUAUACUCGAGAACACACGUGUUCUGUGACUGUGCGAUCACAACGCACCCACCAUGCAACCCAUGAGGUUCUAGGCCGUCUAUAUAAGGACUUCGUCGGCGGUGUUGGCCCAAAAGUCUUACCAAAUCACGUCGCCGAAGCUCUGACCAAACGAUAUAGUAUAAAGGUUGACUAUUGGAAAGCACAUCAGGCCCUAAAGUAUGCUCGAGAACUAGUAUCAGGGAUGUCUGAAAGUGGUUAUGAAGAUCUGCCUUCAUACUUAUAUAUGAUUCGGCGAGCAAAUCCGGGUACACUAAUCAAGCUAGAAGUUGAUGAGGAAGAUAGAUUCAAAUUUAUGUUCCUCUCAUUUGGCGCAAGCAUACAGGGGUUUCCCUUCAUGAGGAAAGUGGUAGUGGUCGACGGUACGUUUUUACAUGGAAAAUACAAAGGUACACUACUACUCGCCACCACGCAAGAUGGAAACUUCAACAUUUUUCCCGUAGCCUUUGCUGUUGUUGAUACUGAGAACGAUGAGUCUUGGGAAUGGUUUUUUACACAACUACACCGUGUUAUUCCUGAUGAUGAAGGACUUGCCAUUAUUUGUGAUAGGCAUAAAUCCAUAGGAAAUGCUAUAGGGAAGGUUUACCCUCUUGCUAGUCGGGGUAUUUGUACAUAUCAUCUCCAUAAGAACAUUAUGGUGAAAUUCAGAGGCGCUGAAACAUUCAAGCUUGUUAAGAAGGCUGCCACUGCUUAUAGACUUCUCGAGUUCAAUGCCCUUUUUGCUCAGAUUCAAGAGGCAAAUCCUGCACUGCAUGCAUACUUGGUGAAGGCAGAUAUUUGUAUGUGGAGUCGUGUACACUUCCAAGGUGAUAGGUACAAUUUCACCACUAGCAACAGAGCGGAGUCAUUAAGCAAGGUGCUAUCUGCUGCAAGAGGUAAGCCUAUCGUACGACUAGUGGAUGAUAUAAGGAGUUUCCUGACCAGGUGGUUUGCUAAAAGACGUGUGAAUGCCAAUAACAUGGCUACCACUCUAACAACGGGCGUUGAAAAGUUGUUGGAGGCUAGAGUUGAAGAUGCUAAACUCUUACCUGUGCAAGAGAUUGAUCAGCAUCGUACAGAGCCGCCGCCGAUCUCUCUUUGCCAUCAUUACUACCACACUAGUUACUUGCAACAAGCGUAUGCUGUUAGUGUGAUGCCAAGAGACGUAGCACUCCCUGUGCCAGAUGAAGUAGCAACCAAAAUUUGUCUCCCGCCUGAUGUUCGCAACCGACCCGGCAGGCCAAAGAAAAUUCGGAUUAAGGGUGCGUUCGAGGCCGCCAUGGCCAGUAAACGUCCUCGGAAGAUCCCCAAAUGUGGUAAUUGUGGCCAAGGCGGACAUAAUCGCCUAACUUGUCGAGCUUAG